AAAAACUGCCUUAUACCCUUUCUGCCUAGGGGACGUACGACUUUCCAUGCAAAGAGUUCCACUUCACCUUCUCCUUGUCUCGGGACGUACGACUUUCCAAGCGAAGUGAGUUUUAUCCUACCUCUCCCUCUGUUAAGGAGCGCAUGACUUUCCACGUGAAACGACUUUGCGAGAUGGGAUGGAAUUCGUUUCGCGUGGAAAGUACGUCUCGAGACAAGGGGGAGAUGAGGUGAAACUCGCUUCGAAUGAACUGUCGUAAAAUACAUUUUAAAGCAGAAAAUUUUUGUUGUAUAUAAUAAAAAGAGACAUCAUUUUUCAAAUUUUUCUUCUUAAUAACUUUUAAUGAAUAAAGAGCGACGGCUAGAACCUGUUGGCCACUCAGCCAUGACCUUUACAACAUAUGUGUGGUCAAGAUCAUCGGAGCUCCCCUAAAGUGAAGUAAUUACCGCCUAAUACCUGUCAAGCAAUAGACUAGAGCCCAAUAUGGACGACAUACCAGUGCCCUCAGAGAAUACAUUUGAUGUAACAUUACCAGCAGCACAUUCUUAUUUAGGACAAAAUUUAGAAGAAUUGAGAGGAAGAACUAUAUUGGAUGAUGGUAUUUAUAUAAAUCUACCAUUGUUAGUGAAGCAAUCUGUAUUGUUCCCUGGACAAACGUUACCAAUGACAGUCUUUGGCACACAGACUAUAGAGAUGUUACAAACUUGUAUACAAAACGAUCGUACUUUUGGUGUCGUGUGUUAUGGUAAUCCUGAUAUGGAGCGAAUAGGAACAACUGCUGAAAUCUACGAAUACACAGACGGAGGUAUAUGGUUAGAUCAUGGUCGACGAGAGUUUCGUUUGAAAGCUAAAGGCAGACAACGUUUUAAGAUAUUACGUAUUAUUACACAGGAUAACAAUAAAAUUUCGGCCAAUGUUAAAGUAUUACCAGAGAUAACACUUGAGCCACCGUUUUUGGACCAACGCUUAGCUUCAUUAGAUCAUUUAAGAAUUUCUGUCGAUUCUGAAGAAGAUAUGAAAAAGCAGGAAAGAAUAGAAAACUUGGACGCUGCAGUGACUGCUUGGCCAGCUUGGGUUUAUAGACAGUACGAUCCUAUAAGACUUUCUUUUAGAAUACGUCAGCAUCUGCAAUUUCUUGAAACUAGAGGUGGUAGUGUACCCAAAAAUCCUAUAGAUUUGUCCUUUUGGGUCGCACAAAAUAUCUUAAUGGAUCACAAUGAAAGACUCACGUUGUUAACUUAUGACUGUGCUAUUUCUCGAUUACAAAGAGAAAUAAAGUAUCUUGUAGAGGAUAAGAUAUACGUAUGCGUUAAUUGUGAAUCCUUUAUUGGGAGGCAGUCACAUAUGUUCCCGAUGAAUAAAGAAGGUCCACAGGGUACUUAUGUCAAUCCUGGUGGUGUUAUACAUGAAACUAUAACUUUUUAUCAUGUUCAAGGAGUUGUACUUAACAAUUCGGAUCCUUCGACUGAGUAUAGCUGGUUUCCAGGAUAUGCAUGGACAAUAGCUAUCUGUAAAGGUUGUCGUCAUCACGUUGGUUGGAAGUUCACAGCAGUUCAAAGUAAUUUAAGGCCCAAAGAAUUUUGGGGAUUAACACGUAGAAGCUUGAAAAAUAAAGAUUUAAAAAUUAAGAAAAAGAAAUAAACAGAGGAUUAAACAUUAAUAUACA